AUGUCCGCGCCGCCGCGCGCGAGCGACGCGUCGUCGGCGCGCCGUCAUCGCUCGAAUGGAUCGACGUCCGCGUCCUUCCCCGCCUGGGCGAGCUCCACGGCCGAGACGACGUCGGACAGCGUCGCGCGCGCGGUCGCCGAGCGCGUCCACGUCGCGAGCAAACUCGCCGAACACAAGCGCAACGAAAAGCUCGCGCGCGUGCGGUUGGCGAUCCAACAAGCGGAGCACGAGACGGAUGCGAUGGCGGACGGUGGCGUGGACGCGGCCGCGCUGGAGGAGAACGAAGUGAUGAGCGAUGGGACGAGCGGAAGGGCGACGUGGUUGUUGACGUGCGCGAUGGUGGAGGGCGCGAGCGCGAGCGAAGUGCGACCAUUGUUCGAAUCGUUGGUGCAGUUUGAGUGCGAUUUAGAUGCGGUGGGGAAUCGAAUGAACCAUGGGAAAGGGAUCUCGCCGCUCGCGCUGUUGUGCUCGAUGUUGGAGUCGAGGAUGCUGACGCCGAGCGAGCGGAGAACGCGAGACGCGCGGGAGAUGACGAGAGACAAGCAUCACGAACGGGCGUUAGAGGAGGCUGACGAGGAGGGUGCGCUCUACGCAGAGAAAGUGGCGGCGAUUCGUAAGAGCGUGGGUGAGCGAGGAGAUUCGUUCGCUCAAAGUUCAGGGGCGAUUGUGGAAUUCGCGACGGCGAUGCUCGCCGCGGGCGCGAGCGCGAACGGCAUGUACAAAAUACAGCCGGAGACGGGUGCGAUCGCAGAUAACCGCAUCGCGCCCUACGCCGGGGUCCCGGGCACAUAUGGCUCACCUCUGUUCUUUUGUGCGCUGGCCAUCAUCUCGGGCGCCGGAGACGACGUGCUGUCUCUGGCGGCUCGAUUGACUAGUCGAGGCGCGAGCGCAAAUGCCGAGUGCGAGCGACCAGGUAGGCAUGCGUGCUGUGGAAAAUUUCUCACUCCACUAAAUGUGUGUUGCGCUGCGCUCGAGUCUAGCAUUCCGUACGAGAUGGAGUACGAGCGAAAAUGUCGGAUAGCGAAGCUUGCGGGGCUGAUAAUACAAGGUUGCGAUGACGUCAAGCUGAACAUAGAUUCAACCUUCACGCACCGGCUCAGCGUGGAGGAAUUGGCAGAUCGCCGUAUAGCGCCGGUAGAGAUACACACGCUAAUGCGAGGGCCAGCGAUUUUCAUUUUAGCGUGCGCCAUCGCGGAAGGAGUAGGUACAGUCGCGAUUGCACUGAUGGAUUUGCUUUUAGAAAAGUUGGAUAAAAUCACCGACGACUACGUCGGCGCCCGAUCGCAUCACGGCCGAAAAUUACCUUUGCUUGCCAUGGUGAUAGACGCCAUAGAUGCACCGUGUUCGUUCAAUAGUCUCGGUUUCAUAGAAACGAGAACUUGGUGGGAAUCAGCCGCCGUGAAAGCGAACGUCUCAGACAUGGGAAGUGUUUUAGGCUCGCAGUUGUCCAAAGGCGAAGGGUCGUGGCGGGCACUUUCGGCCGUUGACGCCGAAGAUUUGAGUGCACUGGAUGAAUAUAUACCUGAUAUUAACGAUGCCGCGUUUGAUGGUCGAGGUGCCGUGGCGCGGCGCGAGGAAUUUGAAACGGAGAGGAAAAAAGAAAUGAUCAUGACGGAUGAGGAAAUUGCCGCCGAGGCGGAGCGCGAUAGAAAAGCCGCUAGAAUUGCCGCCGCAAUCGCACAGGCGGAGAAAGCGCAACAAAAUAGCGUUAUCGAAGAGCAGCAACAAGUAUCCGAAUCUGAGCCUGAGGGAGAUAAUGAGGAGACGCUUGCUGCAAAAGGGGCGACGCAAUACACAGACGAGGAUGGGAAUACCUUCGUCGUUGGCUUUACAGAGUACAUGAUGAAAUCCAAGUCGGGGGUGUUCUUGGACCAUGAAGAUCCGGAAGAGUUGAAACGAAUACGUGCGAAAGCGCGAGCGGCUCGUCUAGGCAGAUUCGAGCUGCUUGUUGAAACGGCGAAAAACGUGACAUUUUCUCUCAUUGACAGCUCGGAAAAAGCCAUCGGCGAUGUCACAACAGCAUUGGCGCUAGCUCAGGGAGAAGAAGAAGAGAAGGCCGUUGUCUUCAACAGACCGACGCAGGCGAGACUCGACUGUCUCGAUCUUGCCAAAUCACUGUUGAAGCGGGGCGCGAAUCCGAACGUCCGCAUGACGCUCAACCGCGAGUUCGCACACACGUGCGCGGAAACGACAACCACGCCUCUGUGUAUGGUUAGCGGUUACAUCGCAAGAGACAUGCAAGAGGCGUACCCGCUCUUCGAAAUGUUACUAGAAACCAACAUUGACGUCAAUGCACGAGGUCUAGGUCCUUAUCCGAUCGCCGCACCACCUCUCUUUACGCUCGCGAUGGCGAUUUAUCACGGCGUUGAUGGCGCCGAAGAAGCCUUUGAGAAGCUUUUAAAGUAUAACGUAUCCGUGGACCUGAAGGCACUCUUUCCGGAUGGAAGUAAAGGAACAACACUAAUACAGCUCAUUCACGCUUUGCGUGCGGGCAAGUCGGAUCGUCAGCGAAUUCUUAGAUUGAUUAAACAAGUACUCGAACGUGGCGCCGAUCCAAAUUUGUGUUGCAUCGAAGUUUACAGCGAGAAAAUUCCAGAGGCAUACAUUGAGGCGAUUAAGAUUACAAAUCAUCAGGUACCGGCGGUAACAUUCGCUAUGAUGCCAGAACGUACACUUCUUUGCGCACGUGCCGAGGAAAAUGCGCAAGUCGCAUCCAUUGUACAUCGAGUGCGUCAGCCAUCAAUGGAGCUCGUUCCGCCUCACCCCGGCGAGCACGAAGAUCUGAGCGAUGGCGAACUGAGCUCUCUGGAUUUCGGAAAAGUAUUCGAAGAGGUGACAAGACUAAAGAAAAUCAAAGAGUCAGGCGAUACUGACGAUGAUGCAUCAGUCAGAUCGUCCAUGUUUGGCUCUGUGAAGAACUUUGAUUUCGGCGCGCCUUUCCCAGCGCUUCCUCAUCGUUCAGGCGAGUGCCAAUAUCCACCUUUGUUCUGGGCCAUCGAGGCCGCGGCCAAAGAAGGCCAUAAAGAAGCCGUGGAGUUGGUCGUGCGCCUUCUCGAUGCUGGCGCGAUGGUUCGGCGGAUGAUGCACAAAAAUUUCCACUCAUGGAUUGAAGGCAAUCUCGUGGCCAUGGCUAUCGCAGCGGCCGUCGAAGCCGCGGCGCCGCUUCCAGCACCAGAAGACGAAACAAACUUCGAAAGGCUCAACGUUGGGGAAGUUUUGCUUCGUUUGAAUCAAGCUGCCAAUCAAGAACAACCAAAAACAAAGGAAACGGAGGAAGACAAAUUCGACAACACCAUUUCAAAUGCCCUCGAGCACGCGGCGUUCAGAAGGCAGAGUACCCGAGUAUAUGAUCAGGGCGAGGAGGAACCGAGUUUCUACGAAAAGGUUACCAAAAGAAAUGAAGCGCGUAUUCUCGGUGGGGUAAAUGACGACAUAGAUAUCAGUGCGUUGCGGCGACGGACCGUGCUCGACGCGUUGCGUCCCGAGCGUCCAGACGAUGGACGAGUGUACACGGUCGAGGAGGCGCCUGAAGACGUCAAUGCUGAUACUGAAGCUGUACCCACGAAAAUUGUGCCUAAAAUGAGCAUGGUGCAGGGCGUGAUUCGUCCAAAAGGCUCAAGAUUUGGACCAGCAAGCAUCGCCGCGCGCCGAGAUAUUCCAGGCCUCGUGCGAACAGUGGUCGUCGGCCAUACGUCUUUCGAGACGAGGGCUCUUGAGAUAACCCGGAAAGAGAAUGAACGAAGAGCACACGAGAUACGACAGCGAUUCGUCAAUCCAAACAACACCGUACGUGGUGGUCAAGUACGGUCAAGUACGUGGUGGUCGAGUUCGGUCGAUAAGAACGUGUACGACUCGGAUCCGCAAACAGACGAUGAUCUUGAAGAGCAACUCCAAGCUGCGGACACUAAAGAACUAGAUUGGGCUAUCAACGAAGAAGAAGAAAAGAGACAGACCGAACUCAAUCGAAUGGUCCAUGGGAUAAUUCCAAAAGGCUUGCAAAAUUUCGGUGUAAAACGACAAAGCGCGACGGGGUCAGAUUCACAAGUCAAAGUGACUAAGAGUGGAAUCGAAACGACGACGAUGAUUUCGUCCAGGAUGAACAUGGAGGUGAGACAAAACAUAUCCGCGGCGGUGGUUAAAGAAGAAACUGCUACUCUUCUCACCUCUGGCGGUGAAUCAUACGAGUCAAGGAACGAGGGGAGCGCUUACUGGCCUUCGGAUGACGAGUUCCCUGAAGAAUUUGAUCAAACAGAGAUGGACAAACUCUAUGAUGACGUCGAUAAAAUCGGUGCACCGAGCGAAGCUGACCGGGAAGAGCAGAUGCUGAUCGAAGCGGAGUGGGAAUCGGCUCGUCCAUUGACGCGGGAAGAGCUUGAACUCCGACACGCUUCCCGACAAAAGACCACUUUGGCCGUCGCGAUCAAACUUUUAGAGAAGUGCAGUGCUGAUAACAUCGAUGCCUUCGCCAGGAACCCUUUACUAGAGAGUUAUGGCGUUGGUUUGGUUCCUUACGAAUUCACGCCUCUAUUUGCCGCGCUGUACGGCGCCGCCACAGCCAAGUCGCAAGAGCAACUGGCGGUCGGCAUAACGCUCGCCAAGAUUUGCAUCAACAAGGGCGCCAACGUCGAUAAGAUUGGUUUGCAUUCUGUGCUCGCCCCGGAAGCGUAUUCGAAUGCGCGAAACCAGCUCAAAGCGCAUCGGAUGCGGAGGUACAAAGAGCUACGCGAGCGAUACGUCGAACAAGGCGAUAAGACGGCGCUCGACGAAACUUUGAACGACAACUUCGUACUCGACCCGGAGAGAUCAAUCGGAAUGCGAAGCUAUCCACUCAUGUGGGCGGUCACGGCGGCCAUUCGAGCCGAAGCCAGAGAGCUCGGCUGUGAAGACAUUGUCAAGCACAUGCUCAUGGAAGGCGCUGAUCCCACGUCCAUCUCCCUCCAAGCGAUCGAUGGACCCAGAGCCGUCGAUGCGCGUGUGCACCACGGCAGUGUGCUCUACUUGUGGGGUACCGCGGAAGAUUUGUUCAAGGCGUCGCAAAAGCGGUAUCAGAGCGUCAUCAGUACUCGACUCAAUAUUGCGAGGAUGUUAUCUGAGUUCGGCGCGCGAUCAUCGUACCGUUCGCAGACAAAUUUCCCGUAUGUCGUCAACCGCACGGAAGCGGCGUCGGCGGGCAGAUGGCUCAUCAAAGGCAAGGAGGGAUUCGGCAUCGUAGCCGCACCGCCAGAAAGUGAAAACACAAUCGAUCGACUCGAACCGUUCAAGAAUAGAGUGGUGCGCGCCAUGCACGACGGAGCCGGUCACAAGCGUCACGUGACGAUUGAAUCGAACCGCGAGCGCAAGGUGAACUCCAUCCUCGCGGAUCAGGGCACGAGCGAGACGUUUGGCACAUGGAUUUGGCCAAACAAGGAAGAAUCGAAGGCCGAUACCCUCCCUCCCGUCGACGAAACGCGCGUUCUUGGGUUUAAAUCUACGGCUGAACUCGAUUACGUGCAUCGAAGGUUCCCCGGCCAAAUCGAAGUCUUUGCGCAACGAGUCGCCGCCAAAUCUCCCAGUGCGGCGGACAAGCGAUCCUCGUACGACACGACCGAGGCAAUCACGUUGGCGAGCGAGCACGACGUUAAAGAGGAAGCCAUUCUUGCUCGGAAAGUCAGAGCGACGCAAAUAUCCGCUAUACACGCCGCGUUUUCUGGGAAGGCUUCGGACGUGCCGAAGGACAUCAUCGACGAGACCUUGUUGCCGAGAAAACUGUUGCGUUGAUGAGGCGUUGAUGAUGGCGCACCAUAGUGAAUUGUAAAUAUCAUGAAUGUACAUUUAUUU